AAACUAACAAAAAUCCCUGCUUCCUUACAACUAAACAAAAACAAAAACAUAAAGGCCCCUCUCUAGCCACUUGUUUUCUAUUUCCACUUCCAAAAUUUCUCCUCCUUUUUCCCACUGUUUUUUCAAUCUGGGGUUCUUUUGUUUUUGGCGUCUGUCCGGUUCUUUUUGCGCUCCAACUUAAUACCUUUGUAUGGUUUUCAAAGAUUGAAGCUUUUCACUCAAAAUGGCUAUUUUACUGCUGCUAUUGCCUCUGCUUGUUUCAGCUGUUUAUGGUGAUGAAAAGGCCUUUAUCGGAGUGAACAUUGGUACGGACCUUUCCGACAUGCCCAGCCCUACUCAAGUGGUAGCCCUUCUCAAGGCUCAGAAUGUCUGGCAUGUGAGGCUUUAUGAUGCUGAUCGAGCUAUGCUCCUUGCACUUGCCAACACAGGUAUCCAAGUGACUAUCUCUGUCCCCAAUGAGCAGCUCCUUGGUAUUGGUCAGUCGAAUGCCACUGCAGCCAACUGGGUGGCUCGCAAUGUUAUAGCCCAUGUCCCUGCCACCAACAUCACAGCAAUAGCUGUUGGGUCCGAAGUACUAACUGCGCUCCCAAAUGCUGCUCCUGUCCUAGUUUCUGCCUUAAAGCUUAUCCACUCUGCCCUUGUUGCUUCAAAUCUUGACAGUCAAAUCAAAGUCUCUACACCACAUUCAUCUUCAAUUAUUCUGGACUCUUUUCCACCUUCUCAAGCCUUCUUUAAUCGUUCAUGGGAUCCUGUCAUGGUUCCAUUACUAAAGUUUUUGCAGUCUACUGGGUCGUACCUUAUGCUCAAUGUAUAUCCGUAUUAUGAUUAUAUGCAAUCAAAUGACGUGAUCCCGUUGGACUAUGCUCUUUUCCGGCCCCUCCCUCCAAACAAAGAAGCUGUGGAUGCUAACACACUUCUGCAUUACACUAAUGUCUUUGAUGCUAUUGUUGAUGCAGCAUAUUUUUCAAUGUCAUACUUAAACAUCACCAAUGUUCCGAUUGUAGUCACCGAGUCUGGUUGGCCUUCUAAGGGUGAUUCAUCUGAGCCUGAUGCUACGGUUGACAAUGCUAAUACAUACAACAGUAACUUGAUCAAGCAUGUAAUUAACAACACUGGGACUCCUAAACAUCCUGGGAUUGCAGUUAGUACUUACAUUUAUGAGCUUUACAAUGAGGAUUUGAGACCUUCGCCACUCUCGGAAAAGAACUGGGGGCUAUUUGAUGCCAAUGGAACACCGGUUUAUAUUUUACACUUGACAGCUGCUGGUACUGUUUUUGCAAAUGACACUACAAACCAAACUUUUUGUGUUGCAAAGGAUGGUGCUGAUCCGAAGAUGUUACAAGCAGCUCUUGAUUGGGCUUGUGGACCUGGGAAAGUUGAUUGCUCACCUUUGUUGCAGGGGCAACCAUGUUAUGAGCCCGAUAAUGUGGUUUCCCACUCAACUUAUGCUUUCAAUGCAUACUUCCAACAGAUGGGCAAGUCUACUGGAACCUGUGAUUUCAAGGGGGUGGCUACCAUCAGUACAACUGAUCCAAAUAUUGACUUACGAACGUUAGUGAUUGGUGCAGGUCACGGUUCAUGCAUAUUUCCUGGAAGUUUUGGAAAAAACGGCACCAUCACUAACGGUACAUCACUGGCUCCUUCGUCGAAUGACACGAGUUUAGGCUGCCCAACACCAUAUUUCUACAGGAGUUGUUCGUUCACAACCUCUGUGAUAAUAAGUGCUUUCCUUAUGACUGCUGUUUUCUUGUAGAACUUGUUUGUACUUUACCCUUUGGUUUUAACAACAUUCAAUCGUUUCUGAAAAUUCGAUUCCAUCUCUGUUGGAAUACUUGCAGCAAACCCAAUUUUGUUUCUCCUAUUGGGGUCGAGUCGAAGGAUGGAAAAUUUAACUGAACAUAUGGAUAGCAAGUAGUGUUUAGAUUGAUUUGGUUCGUUGUCAUUGGAGUCUGUACAAACCAACUAUGAGAUUAUUCAGGAUUUUUGAUGUGUAGCUAUCUUAUUCUUUAAACUUAAA